UUAGGGCAGCACGGAUGGGGCUCGGGGACUCCCACCGGUCCCACGCCCCGGCGCGUGACCAACCCUCCCGUUCCCAGAGCCCCCAGCGCAGGCCAGGAUGUUCGUGCUGGUGGAGAUGGUGGACACCGUGCGAAUCCCACCGUGGCAGUUUGAGAGGAAGCUCAACGACUCCAUCGCCGAGGAGCUGAACAAGAAGUUGGCCAACAAGGUCGUGUACAACGUGGGACUCUGCAUCUGUCUGUUCGAUAUCACCAAGCUGGAGGAUGCGUAUGUGUUCCCGGGGGAUGGUGCGUCGCACACCAAAGUCCAUUUUCGCUAUGUUGUGUUCCACCCGUUCCUGGAUGAGAUUCUGAUUGGGAAGAUUAAAGGCUGCAGCCCAGAGGGCGUGCAUGAGUCGCUGCAGCAGCCGGCCAAGUUCGAUGAAGCAGAGCAGGUGUGGGUGUGGGAGUACGAGACGGAGGAAGGUGCACACGACCUGUACAUGGACACCAGCGAGGAGAUCCGGUUCCGGGUGGUAGACGAGAGCUUUGUGGACACGUCCCCCACUGGUCCUAGCUCAGCCGAGGCCACGUCUUCCAGUGAGGAGCUGCCCAGGAAGGAGGCGCCAUACACACUGGUGCCCUGCCUGUGGGUGAAGGGUGCCUGUCCUCUUUCCACCCGGCAGGGGUCCAUCAGUGAGCCAGGCCUGGGCCUUCUUUCCUGGUGGACCAGUAACUAGCCCUGGGCUCGACUGCAGUUCCUGCCAGUGCAGCAGCCCCACCCUACCCUCAGGAAGGUGGUACAUAGCUGGCCGUGAAGACAAGCAGCAGCUGAGGAAGAUGCCAGGUGGAGCUUUCACCCCCGCCAUGGAGCUGGAGGUGGGGCUGGAGUGCGUGUAGCUUGGCCUCUGGCUUCCUGGCCCUGCUCUUCCAGGAACUGCCUCCAGAGUUUCACUGCCUGAAGUGCUUCACCGCCCCCCAUGGACUUCUGACUUUCAGUGACAGCAAAGACAUUUAAUAAACAAUGGCUAUGUUAGUGGGAAAGGGCCACCCAUCUCUACCAACGGCCAGUGUCAUGAUCUAAG